AUGUCCAAGACCAAAGCUCAGCUGAAGGAACAGAAGCGAGAGAAGAAUAGGAGGAGCUAUCACAAGAAUAAAGAUUCCAUUAAUGCUCGAAGAAGAGAGAGAUACAAGGUACAACAUAGGGAGCUACAAAACCAGGGAAAGCUCUCUAAACCGAAGAAAUCAGAAAGCUCCCCUGCCGCAAAAGCUACGCCCGUCGUAAACCGUCCCCCGGAAACGCCAGUGUCUAAAGAAAUGCGCCUGUCCAAACUUCGCGUACACCAUGCAUGUGAGAAGGUUCGGGAACUUGGGAAACGGGUCACGUACCUCUGCGGCCGCUCACCAUUGGAGUUUUUGGAGACUGUCUGCACCAAUUUCAUUAGCAAUCGCACCGUGGAUGCCAGCGCUGCUCGAAAGACCAUAGCUAUCCACUACGAGAAGUUUGCCGCGAUUCGGGACCAAAUCGCAGCGCACCAGGCGACUGUGCUGGAGCUGGAGGGCAUCUCAGACUCGUGGAGGGCCAUUGAAUCGCUGAUGGAGCCGGUGCGCAAGAUAUGUAACUCGUUGGACGAAAUUGAGUGCGAGGCGGGCAUCGACGCUGAUCUUCUGAUUGACGACUUCAAUACAGGCGAGCUCGGUUUUCAAAAGGAUGUUAUUGAAUUGCCCAAAUAUUAA